AUGCAGCAAGCCAAGGCCGCUGGGAUAGACGCCUUCGCGCUUAACAUCGGCAUAGACGGCUUUACAGGUACACAACUUGAUUUUGCAUACGAGUCUGCCCAUUCCAAUGGCAUGAGCGUCUUUAUCUCCUUCGACUUCAACUGGUACUCAACGUCAAACACUUCAGGCAUAGCAGACACGAUUGGCACUUAUGCAGGCUAUCCAGCGCAGCUCUUGAUUGACAGCAAGGUCUUUGUCUCUUCUUUCUCUGGAGAUGGCUUGGACCUUGCUGGCGUCCAAUCUGACUUGACAGCCCACGAGAUCUUCUGGGCGCCCAACUUCCAGCCAAAUAACAUUGCCUCCGCUGAUGCGCUCUUCAACUGGAUGGCAUGGCCGAAUAAUGGCGACAACAAAGCUCCAGACGCUGGUAAUAACUUGACAGUCUCUGAAGGCGACACAAGCUAUACAACCGCUCUUAAAGGGAAACCCUACGUUGCACGAAUGACUAUGGCGAAUCUCAUUACGUCGGACCUCUCUCAUCUCCUCACAUCGACGACGGGAACUCGAAGUGGACAAACGACAUGUGAGACUCUGCAUCAUAUCGCUGUGCCGAGGGUUCGAAUUGACUUGGACUUUAGGCCCCACGAUGGUUUUCUUCAAAUGGCCAAACCUUACAUUGCUGCUUUCCACGCCGGGUCCAAGACUGUAGAUAGCCACAUCGAGUCUGACCAGCUAAUUUACUGGUAUCGCCCUACCCUCAAGUCUGCCUCUUGUGGCUCCACGGACAACUGCGAACAGCCGUGGCCUAGUCCCACACCCAAUCCCAACUACUUCACUGGCAAGCCCAACGGCUAUGAUACCAUGGAGGAUUCUGUCUUCGUCAUUGCUCUCCUGACUUCCCCUGGAAGUGUUACCGUAACUUCUGGCGCCAAUGGGCCCGAGACAUUCGGUGCUCCGGCAGGCGCUAGCUCCUGGCAGGUGGGCAUGGGAACGGGCAAACAGUCAUUCUCCCUGACUCGUAAUGGGCAGACAAUUCUUAGCGGGGACAGUCUGAAAGACAUCAUUAGCGAUUGUGUUUGCGGAAUUUACAACUUUAACGCCUAUGUCGGAACGCUGCCAGCUGGAGCGUCGGACCCGCUCUCAGCAGAUGGCUUGAGAAGCUUCACCAACAGUCUGUCCGCCACAUGCCAGCCAACGCCUUCUCUUGGCACCGCAACAGGAGCGGGGACAGGGGUUGUUGCUGUCCCUACUGCUGUUGGCACUAAUUCUUCGGCUUUAUCAAUGAUUGGCGGUACUGGAAACUCUACAUCAUCAGGCAGUGGUGGUCCCCAACCCUCAGCAGUCAGAAUCGCAGUAUCACCUCUUCAAGGCUCUGGCGCGACAUCCUCAUCCGCCGUAGCAGGAGCACCGGCAACAACAUCGCAGACUCCUACAACCACGUCAUCGACCACCGCAGCAAUUAUGGGUAGUGGAAGCAAAACAAUAACAGCGCUGAGUCAGCUGUUCCCAACGAAUUGUAUGCAUGCUGGCUUUGUGUGGGGAGGACCUCCAGGCUCAGAUCCUGCUGCAUGGUGUAAUGGUGGAUGA